AACUAGUUCAACCCAGGAGGGAAUGUGUUUGUGCAAGUCAGCUGUACUUUGCCCUCCUCCAUGCUUGGAAAUAAUUACAUGACCCCAAAAAUCUUCCAGGAAAAAGCCCAUCCCUUGUACUUGUAAAAACUGGUUUAUCACGUGAAAGGGAUCUAUCACGGCUCUGGACAACAAAGAUAUUUACGAUGAUCACAUUUGAAUAGAUCUGGGAGGAAUCAGUAGCUGAGAAUGAGGACAUUUUUGUUAUGUAAAUGACUUGUGAUGGACCUUUGACGUGGUUGCGCAAAGCAAGUUGGUCCAGUUUUGCUGGAAGGUUUUCAGAAUGGCUCUUGUGAAACAUACCGGUGGCUGCCAUUGUGGAGCUGUUCGGUUUGAAGUCUGGAGUGCUCCAGACCUCCACGUUUUUGACUGCAACUGUAGUAUUUGCACAAAGAAACAAAACCGUCAUUUCAUUGUCCCAAAGGUCAACUUUACUCUUUUGCAGGGUGAGGAUCAUCUGACCACUUAUACGUUCAAUACUCACACUGCAAAGCACACCUUCUGCAAAAAGUGUGGUGUUCAGAGUUUCUACACGCCACGCUCCAACCCUGAUGGAUACGGUGUCGCUCCACACUGUCUGGAUCUAGGUACAGUGCAAAGUGUUUCAGUAGAGAAAUUCUUGGGGGACAAAUGGGAGGAAAGCAUGAAAGCACACAAGACAAUCAAAGACAUGUCAAAUCAAAAGAAGGGCAGUCAGUUGGAAGAGACAAAAUAAGUUUGCUGUGGUAUAAAAAUCAGUAUUUUGAUCACCAUAAAAUACAGUGCAGAUUGACUUUUUUUUUUUCACAAGAAUGACUGAACAUACUAAAAUUGUGCUUAUUUUUGAGGCAAAACUCUUAUGAGUUUAUUUAGGUCAGCUUAUUCAAGUCAUAAAUAGCAUCGUAUAAAAUCCUAAUACAUUUGAUUAACUUUUGGUCCCCGUGGAAUCAUCUGGAAUGUAUUAACGAACAUGUAGCGUGAGAAAGUGACGUACAGAUACCGAAACCAAACCAGUUGAGUGCGAUGACAAAGCAUGGCAGCCUAAAAAAAAAAAAUUAGAAUUAAGAAUAACAUUUAAAAACAGAUAAUAGUGGUCAAACUGUCUUUACUGUUCUUACUUUGCACUGCCUGUAGCCAUUUGAGCCUAUUAUGCAGCAGAGCACUGAAGGAAGCAGCCAGCUGACAGGAAGUUCCAGGAAGGAAACAUAUUUCCUUAACAGGCUGACAGUUACCAAGGACAACAAACAGCAGUCUAGGGAACGGGAAGAGAGUUUUUGGUUCAUGUUCAGGACAUUUGCAGAUGAUUAUCAUUCAUGCCGACAAUUCCCUGGCACGUUAGCGGAAUUGAAAAUAAUACAGCGUCCUUAUAUGACCCUGGCUGUCAAAUUAUAUUGGGCUUAACGAUACACACACACAUCCAAUUUUUUAAAAAAAAAUUAAUCACAUUUUUUAUCUUGUUGACAAGUAACCCUUUUUUCUGCCAACAACAUUUUGAUUCAGACAGUGUAGUGUUUCACUCAUUCCAAGAAAGUGCUUUGCUCUCUUUUAUGAUGCAAUGUCAGUGUUUGAACAAAUCUGCCUUUUUUUUUUAGGAUCUCCUAAAUUUAUCGACCAAAUUUCAAACAGCUUUCUGUUAAUGAAAUUGAAAACCAUGCAUGGGCCGAAAAGGCUUAAAUGUCUUUAUUAGGUUAACUUGCUGUAUAGCCACGUGAAGCUUCAUCACGUUACAGGUCAGUCAGACAGAUGAGGUGUUACUCAGUCCAUUCAGUUUAAAGCUGUAAAACCGGCUUGAGCAUGAUUGAUUACAAGCCUUCUGGUUUUUAGAUAACUCACUGAAGGUUGCGUUUGAUGGAGCCUGGCAACUGUGCUGACUAUUGCGACAUGAUUAAUUGCUCUGUUUCUUAACAGCCCCUGUUGACCUGACUAGCUCUCAAUCUGUUCACAUGUUGCCCCAGUUUCCCUCGGCUCCCUCCCACAUUUCAAAAAGAUGCAUGUUAGGUUAAUUGAAGACUCAUUUGUCCUAUAUUUUGAAAACUAAUCACUAAAGUGGUCCUAAAGCUCACUAUGGACAAUUAAAUGAGAUUGAAUUUGGAUCAAUUAUUUUCUUUUAAACCUGUCAUCAGUAUUUAGUUUUUUUUUCCUGACACUGGCCCCAAAAUAUUGAAAACCCCUGCUGUAAAGCAUCACAAAUUCCCUUGUGAAUACAAAAUACAAAUAGAUUACUUUUUAGUACAAAUAAAAAUCACUUGCAUCUGUGGUGUGCACAAGGGGGCGCUAUAUCGUAACAAACAAAAUGUAACUAUCCCUAAAUGCACAUGAUAAAAUAUGUAAUGUACAUUAUCAGCAUUAAUGACCCUGACAUUAAUGCUGAUAAUGUACAAUACAUAUUUUCUUCCAGUAUAGCUCAAAAGAACCCUAUGUUGUCACAAGUAGAAAAAUUACUAAAUACGGUGAAGGUAUCAAAUUUACCAUUAGGUAGUUGGUGAGUGGAAGCGAUGUGCCUGAGGGAAGAGAGGAGAAAAAAAACAAAACAUAUUUGACAUGACAAAAAGACGAUAGAUUGGUGAUUAUAAUACAAAUGUAAUCAAUGUCCUAAAAAAAUGAGGCUAUGUAGUUGCAUCAAAAACCAUAACUUAAGUGAAAGGUUUGUGACCUGAUCUGAUUGGAAGAUUAAAAAAAAAAAAAAAAAAAAGUACAUUUAUGCCAGGAGAAAAAGCUUAUUUGGUCAUACUCCCAAACCAGAGCGGUCCCACUUCACCAAUUUAGUGUCAGGAUUUAUUGCUUCUAUUUGAGAGCGCAGCAGACUGCUUUUGAGAAUUAUUUUUGGCAUGUACAGAUGUUCUGGAAAAACAUUGUAAAAAUGCACAAGGUUCACAGUUUUUGGCAAAACGAUUGUUUUCCUGUGCCUUUAUUUUUUUUUGCCAUGUUGUGUAAGAUGAUUUUUAAUGAUUGACUCAGACAGAAAUGUCAGUGGAUUAAAAACACCAAACAAGC